AUGCACCAUUCCAUGAUGUUCCAACCUCCAUUUGAGAUGGAAAAUGGUCAUAAUAUUGAUAUGUCAGCCAUGAACAAUUUACAAAUGGUUUCAUUUAAUGAUAAUGACCCUGAAGUGAUAGCCCGCCGUAUUAAAAACAGAGAAAGGCAACGUAGGUAUAGAGCUAGAAAGCGUCAAGAGGCAGAUUUGAAGAGAGUGUGCAUGAUCAGUCAACCAAUUCAACCACAAGUCAAUGAAGUUCAAGUCAACAAUACUCCUGUUGACUUUGUGACCCGUGUCUACAGCCCUAGAAACUGGAAAAAAGAUGCCAGAAGGGCACAUUUGUUGAAACAGCAACAACAACAUGCUGUUACUUCUGCAUCUGCAAAUAUGUAUCUGCAACUUUCUGGAAAUCAAUCGGAUGUAAAUGUCGACACCAGAGAACAAUCGAGUACGCCCGGUGGAAGGAAUUGGAAAGCUGAAGCAAGAAAUAAAAGAAAAUGAAGUUUGUUGAUUAUCUUGCUUCUCAAAUUUAGAAAGAAAACCAUAGAAUGAAUUCAGAGCGAGGUGGAUCUGUUUCGUCUCAUUGGAAAUGUGGCCAAGAAUGCUACGAGGUGUUCUUUUUUUUGCUUUUUUCUUGCAAAGAUCCCCUAGUUACAGUUAUAGGCGAUGCAAGUUAGAAGAUUUUGGUGAGUAUCUAAAUAGUCAUGGAGUUCAUUGUAUUAGGUGCAAACAUAGGUGGUUACUUGCUGAAUUAUCAUAUAGAAACUUCAAUUCUUUGGUGGCAAAUGCACUCACAUUUUGAGUACA